ACGGCCUAUUCCAUCACAAGCUUUUGAGUCUGUAUCCAGUUUAGCCAUUCUCAUCACAGGCUUGAAAUCUCUCCUCUCUCUGUCCUUCAAGCUAAAAUGUCAGCUAGAGUUGAUAUUCCUGCUGAUACAAGCGCUGCUGCUAAAGGAACAGCACCUCUAAUAGCAGCUUCCACCCAUGUAAAGGGAGGAUACAAGAAGGGGCUUGCUAUCUUCGACUUCGUUCUGAGGUUAGGUGCUGUGGUGACUGCUCUAGCUGCCGCUGCCACCAUGGGAACUACUGACCAGACCCUUCCCUUCUUCACUCAGUUCUUCCAAUUCCAAGCAAGCUAUGAUGAUCUUCCCACCUUUCAGUUCUUUGUGAUUGCAAUGGCAAUAGUUUCUGGCUAUCUAGUCCUUUCCCUUCCGUUCUCCAUUGUCGCCAUUGUUCGUCCACACGCCUCUGGACCAAGGCUCCUCCUCAUUAUUUUGGACACUGUCGCCCUAACUCUAAACACGGCUGCCGCAGCGGCUGCUGUCGCCAUAGUCAACUUAGCUCAAAAUGGCAACUCAAGUGCAAAUUGGCUUGGUAUCUGCCAACAAUUUGAUGAUUUUUGCCAGAAAGCCAGCGGGGCUGUGGUGGCCUCCUUCAUUGCAGCUGGUGUGCUCUUGUUUUUAAUUGUGAUUUCUGCUUUAGCUCUCCGAAAGCGUUGACAGAUCAAGAGCUACUGAUCCCGUUUUCUUGACUUUGCUUCUGGCCUGUUAUGAUCACGAUGAUGAUUGACUGAUGAACCUUUCUUCUCUCUAUAUUUUUAUUUUCUGGAUAUUUGAUGAAAUUGUAUGAACUUUUUAUUGUAUUGGGACAAUCUGAAAUGAAAAAGAUCAUUCUGUUCUGUGUCA